AUGACGGCCCCCAGCAGAGGCGCAUUCGCCGCUCUCGGGCGCAUACGACCUCCCUCGCGAGCGUACUCGGGCGCCGCCGCCGCCGCCUCGACGACGACUGACCCGACGAAGACGACGACCACGGUCCCUCCCCCGAACGUCAGCAUCCCUCCCGAGCCCAAGCCGGCAGGCCAGACGGGUCCCAACUACCACAUCAAAGCCGGCGUGAUCCUGACGCGGGCGCCGCUCCUCACGCGGCCCCUGACGUCGUUCGAGCAGGCGUACUUCUUCUACCAGAAGCGGCUCAACGAGCGGCUGUCGCUGCCCUUCAUCACCUCCGUCUACUUCAAGCCCGACACCCCGGCGCUCAUCGACUGGAACAUGAAGGUCAAGGACCGCCAGGGCACUGUGGCCAAGGAGCUGGGGGUCUACAACGGCAAGGCGUCGCGGGCGUGGGACGACGAGCUGACGGUCGGCGACGGGCUGAGCAGCCACGAAACGACAGUCGACCUGUUGUUGAAGGACUCUGUUAUGCGCGUGAGCGACGACGCCGAGAUCAUCCCCGAGGAGGACCGGGCGCCGCCCGAAGCCCUCGCUCCGCGGGUGUCGGAGGCGGACCGCAAGCGCGACACGACGAGGCUGGACCGCGCCAUGGACCGCACUCUGUACCUGGUCGUCAAGAAGCAGCUCAAGGACGGCGCCAAGUGGGAGUUCCCCUCGGCGGGAAUGUCUACGGAGGAGAACCUUCACGAGAGAAUCCUCGACGAGACGGCGGGCGUCAACAUGAACACGUGGAUGGUCGGCCGUGUGCCGGUUGCGGCCUACGUGAAGAAGCCGGCGACCACCCAGGCCGAUGCGGCGGCGGCCAGGGGACAGAAGACGUUCUUCCUCAAGGGCCGCAUCAUGGCGGGCCAGGCGGAUUUGUCGGCCAACAAGCACCAGUACAACGAGUUCAAGUGGCUGACGCGGGAGGAGCUCCAGGAGGUUCUGGAGCCCGAUUAUUACCGUAGUGUAAGAAACAUGAUGGCGGACCGGUAA